AGCAUACGUUAGCCGCCCGUCGAGUGUGUAGUACAUUGUAGGGUAUGGUAACAUAUCAAUGUACGUUUAGUCUGAUAUGAUAUUAUAGUGAAAUUCCUCUUUGCCACAUCCCGGUCGAUGUUUAUGGACUGCCGUAAGUUGACGUGUCUUUGAGCGGACUUCCAGGUAACGUUACGAAAAUGCCAUUGCACGGAAAAAUAGUCGUGAUUAAGAGGAGUGGGGGAGACGGGACUGAGUUUCCCCUUAUUGCAACAUGCUUAUUUGGAAGGAGGCCUGACUGCGAUAUUCGUAUUCAGCUUCCUCAAGUCUCCAAGGAGCAUUGCAGAAUUGAGUUGAAUGAAAAUAAAGAGGUCAUUUUGACAAAUUUGAGCUCUGUGAAUCAAACUCGUGUCAAUGGAGUGGUUUUGCAGCAGUCAGAGCGUUUGAAGCACGGAGAUGUGAUAACUAUUAUUGAUCGUUCUUUCAGGUUUGAAUACCCUCCAGCACCCACACCAAAGAAGAGAUCUUCCACAGGAGGCAAAACUGAAACCCUCAAAGUUCUUCAAGAUCAGCAAGUGGGGGACACAGUUACUACUGAAACUGGAGACAAAAGGAUCUCUGAAGUGCCCACAGACCCUCAUCUGAAAGAUGGAGCUAGCCAUGACAACAUCCAGCGGUCCCUGGAGAUGGAGCCCAAGGAGGAUAAUGGCCUACAGCAAAGCAAGACCACCUCCCCCUUCAAUGAUCUCUAUCAAAUGAUCAAAAAAUCUCUGGAUGUCAAGACCCCUCGAAAAUCAUCUGUCAGUUUACUUCAAACACCUGCUUCGAGGUAUUGCACUCCAAGACCGGGUUCAGUCAUGAAAAAUGAUGGGAAACCUGUAAUUUCCACAGAAGACAAAAGCACUCCUCAGAAGGAUGAAGCUAAAGCGUCUCUUGGAGCUGAUGAAACCAGAGCAGCUGAAAAUACAAGUGAAGGAACCCCAAAGUCUGUUAAGAAGCAAAGGAGGUCUUCCCAGGUCCCAUCUAAUGAGAUGGCCACACCUGAAGUUGAAGCUGCCAAGUCAGAAGCAACUUUACCCCAGAAGAGAAUCCGUACACCCCCACAGAGGUUCACUGCCUGUGAAGUUAUUGAGCAAAUUACUGCUCAGUCACCCACAUCACCUUUGAGACGGAGAAGCAAGGAGAAAAAACCUGCAGUGACUCAGGAACAAGAAGAGCAAGCGGCAACUUCUCCCAAAACAGAUCGUCCUAGAAGGGCAUCCCCCAGGAACUCAGGCAGUUCUGUGGUUGAAGUUGAAAAAGUAAACAAGACCUCCAAAAAGCGCAAAAGUGGAGAACUUGCGGACAACUUACCUGCCCCACAAAUAAAGAAGAAACGGGUCUCCUUUGGAGGUUACCUGUGUCCUGAGUUAUUUGACAAACGUCUGCCUCCCGACUCUCCAUUACGUAAGGGGGCCAGUCCGCGGAGAAGCUUAUGUGUGUCUAAACCCAAACAGUCACUCCUCAGACGGGCAUCAGUCAUUGGCUUGCUACAGUUUAACCAAGAGCAUCCAGAAAGUCCUGCAAAAAUGAGGACUCCUUCUCCCAAGAAGUCAAGUGCCAAGAAUGCUUCUCCUAAGACUCCAACUCCUGGAAAGAAAUCACCAAAAUCGAGUUCCCCUUCUCCCAAGGCAACCUCUCCUGGAAAGAAAUCCCCAAAAUCGAGGUCCCCCUCCCCCAAGGCAACCUCUCCUGGAAAGACAUCGCCAAAAUCGAGGUCCUCUUCCCCCAAGGCUGCGUCCUCUGCAAAGAAGUCGCCAAAACCCAGGACACCUUCUCCCAAGGCUGCAUCACCUGCAAAGAAGUCACCAAAAUCCAAGAGUCUGUCUCCUGCAAGAGGAAGGUCUCCUGCAGUUGGUGGAACACCAGGAGUGCAGACCCCCAAAGUACAAGGGCGCUUCUCUGUGUCGCGCAUCAGCACACCAUCUCCAAAUGCAGAAGACACCGUCACUGAUAAAGUGCCUUCUUCAGUCACAGUCACUCCUAAAAUGCCACAGAAGAGGAAGAGCGUCUCUCAGGAAACCUCAAGCGUGGCAAAGAGUGCUGCAAAACUAAUGCGCAGAAGAAGUGGUAUUUCACGGGCAUCGAUGAAAGCCAAAAAUUCCUGGGCAGACAUUGUGAGAUUUGGUCAACCUAAGGCUCAGGUUGCUGCUGUAGUUAAAAAAGCAGUCACCACAAAGACAAAGAAGAAGACCGUGCCCAAAGCACAGACUCCUGCAAGAAAACUCAAAGGCCAUUUCAGCACUGGACAUGCAGAUUCACCUGUUACCAUUGUUGUGGGCCGAGCUCACAAACAAAGAGUUGUACAUCCAACUGGUGCUGCACCUAGACUGGUCACCAAUACCGCUCUCCUUAAAAAGAACAUGAAAAUGGAUGAAGACUUGACUGGAAUUUCUGAAAUGUUUAAAACCCCAGUAAAUGAAAGGAAGAGAAGGUCUGCGAUCAAUGAGAACAACACCAUGAAGACACCAGUGGGAGGCCUGGGCACGUCUGUGGUAGAACCAUCAGUGUUGAACACGCCUGAGGAGCCAGGUGAAAUGAUCGUGUCUCCACUGAGUGUUGCGUCAACUGUAAAAGACAGACGAUACAACAGUGAGGCUGUUCAACGCCUCCUCAAUGAUGACCAUGAGUCUAGCUUUGUCAGUGAUGCCCCUACCUCGGAGAUUCCCUCUGAUCAUUCUAGUGAACAGCAGUGCACAGAUUUGAAGAUGAUCUCUGUAACAACUCCCAAACAGAAGCCAGAAUUACCAGAAUGUCUCACCGGGGUGAAGAGAAUCAUGAGGACACCAAGACAGAAGGCUGAACCUGUUGAGGACUUGAGAGGGAGACUUCUGAGGACACCUAAACAGAAGCCCAAACAACAGGAGUGUCUCACUGGGGUUAAGAGGAUCAUGAAGACGCCACGACAGAAAGCAGAGCCUGUUGAGGACCUGAGAGGGAAGAUUUUGAAAACCCCCAAGCAGAAACCUGAGCAACAAGAAUGUCUCACCGGAGUUAAGAAGAUGAUGGAAACUCCAAAACAGGAGGCUGAAGCUGUAGAGGACAUCCGAGUGGAGCUUCUGACAACUCCCAAACAGAAGCCUGAGCAACCAGAGUGCCUCACUGGUGUUAAGAGUAUUUUUAACACCCCACAACAAGAAGCUGAACCUCUUGAAGAAAUCCAAGGAAAACUUCUGGAAACUCCCAAAGCUCUAGAGGCCGCUGAUGCAAGUUUGGAAGAUGCUGAGGAACUUGCGAAGACACCAGCAAAAAUGCAAGAAUCUGAAGACCUAUCUGAAGUGGCAGACAUGAAAACUCCAGACGUGAAGAGCUCCCCACCGUUAUGUCUCACAGGUGUAAAGAGAAUAAUGAAGACACCCAAGGAGAGAAGUGCUCCAGUGGAGGAUAUGGUUGGUGUGAAGAGGCUCAUGAAAACUCCCAGAGAGAAGGGCGCGCCUGUUGAGGAGAACUUCGGUAUCAAGAGACUCGUGAAAACCCCAAGGCCGAGCAGUAAUGCACCAGUGGAAGACUUUGAGGGGCUUCAGGAGCUCAUGAUGGAGCCACUGACUGAACCUUCAGAACAAAUGGAGACAAAUGAGCAGGUAGAAGAUCAAACAGCUCCAGACUGUGAAGAAGCUGUAGCCAAAGAACUGGACCUUGCCCACGAGGAGCCACAGGACAAUGUGCCAUCGGAUGCAAUUGAUAAUGUUCCCCAAGCUGACACUGAUGAAGAAGAGGAUGCAGAAAAAGUUGUCGUUGAUGACCACAUGGAGGAAACGCAAAGUGGACACAUUGAACACGAGUCAUCAGACGUUGUGUCUCAAGCAGCUGAGGAUGAGGUGAUGGCUGUGGAACAACCCAAAAUGGACACGGCAGAUGAGAAUUCAUCCAAAGACCAACCUGAAGUGGACGCAGUAGAUGAGAAAGAAUCUGAAGACCAGCCUAAUGUGGACGAAGUGGAUGAGAAUAUACCUGAAGUGGACACAACAGAGGACAUUUUACCAGUGGAACAACCUAAAGAGGAUGCUGUAGAUGUAAAUAUACCUGAAGUGGAGACUGCUACUAGAGAAGUCACGGAAAUGGACACAUCUGCCACAGAUACUGACCAUGAGAAGAAAUCUGUUCGAGGCAGAAGGGCAAAAACCGCGGAACCUAAAGCAGCCGAGGAUAAACAGGAGGUAGCAGAAUACUCUGAAGAUAUUGUCUCUGCUCCAGUAAGAGGAAGACAUGGGAAGAAAGCUGAAGAAACAGCACAACCUACCAUCGAAGCUGUUCCUGAGGAACCUGUAACUGAGAUGACAGCUUGCAAAGACGCAGAAAUGGAUGCAGACAUCGCUCAGAAGAAAACCGUGCGAGGCAGAAGGGCAAAAACAGUGGAACCUAAAGCAGCUGAGGAUAAACAGGAGGUAGUAGAACAUGCUGAAGAUCCUGUGGUUCCUGCUCCAGUCAGAGGAAGAAGAGGGAAGAAAGCUGAAGCUGCUGCACCAGCCGCUGUAAGACAAACAAGAGGCAGAAAUGCAAAGUCUGAAGAAAUCAAUGAUGAGCCCACUGUGGAGAAAAGUGAGUCUCUGCCUUCCAAAGUUACUCUUAAGGCUAAAAGAGGACGAAAAGCUGACGAUAAACCUGAAACAGUCCAAGAGGUUGCCACUGAAACUGAAAUGGCGGCAGAACAUGAGAAUGAACCAAGUCCCCCAAUUGAUGUCAGCCAGGAAGCAAAUGACAGCGCAGCACCCCUGAAGAAGGCCGAGCUGAAGCCAAAGAGGGGGAGAAGAGCUAGACAACCUGAAGAACCAGUGCCAGAGCAGCAAGAUGUGCCGAGCACUCACAGUGAGGACGCUCCCCAAGCUGACAUGGCUAAAGAAGCUGAUGCAAAUGAAGUCUGCAGUGAACAGCUGGAGGUGGUGCCCACUGAAGAUGAUGAAAAUAAAUCAUCAGAUGCCAUGGAAACGGUUCCUCCGGCGCCUGUAACUGAGAGUUCACCUGAAGCGGGAGCAGCAACCAGCACAGUCACAGAUAUGGAUGCAGCUAUCGUUCCGAAGAAAACUGUUCGAGGUAGAAGAGCGAAACUGGCCGAGCCCAAAUCCGCUGAGGAUAAACAGGGAGCUGAAGAACACUCUGAAGAUCCUGUCGUCCCUGCUCCAGUCAGAGGACGAAGAGGGAAGAAAACCGAAACUGCUGUAAGACAAACGGCAAGAGGCAGAAAUGCAAAGUCUCAAGAAAGCGCCUCUGAAGAUCAACCUGAAAUUGCACCAGAGAAAGCUGAGGAAACCAUGCUGGUGCCUGAGACUUCUACUGAAGCUGUGAGUGACCACACUUCUCCAAUAAAUGAAAAUGAUUCUGAACGCCCUGCCGAGGAAGCUGUCGUGAAGCCCGUUAGAGGGAGGAAAACUAAGCAAACACAUUCUGAGCCACCUCAACCAGAGCCUGAGAAAACUGCAGUUGUGAGUGACGAGCCUGUUACAGCAGACGCUCAACCUGCAAAGCCCAGGAGAGGGAGGAACGCAGAGCCAAGAGAGGCAAAAACCGAUACUGAACAAAAUGAGGGGGUGGAAGAAGCGGUUGCCGCUGUGGAGACCAAGCAGCAGUCUCAGCCUCCAGUCAGGGCAAAGAGGGGAAGAAAUGCCAAACAGGAAGACGAAAAGCUCGAGUCCACUUCAGUGGAGACGACUGAAUCCCAGGAGCCGGUUAACAAGGUGAGGAGAACCAGGAAGGCAGAGCAGGACAAUGUCGAGCCAAGAGAAGAAGCUGAAACGGUUACUCAUUUGUGA